CGGAAAAGCAUUUUAAAAAUCUGACUUGUUGGCUAGAUUCACAACGAGUGUAGCUUUAAUUCAGUACCCUGCAUGUGUGUUUUAAUGAAAGUUUGAGUUUUAUCGAGUACUAUUAGCAUUUGGCGUUGCGCACUUCCAUUUCCUGUUGGCUAGGUGAGACGCUGGCGUCUCAGUGGCUGUAAGAGGUUAAUUGGACUUGGUUGGUAGGAUUGCCUGCUUUCUUUCCCUCCCUUUUCUACAUCCCCCAUCUCUCAUUCCCUCUCUUCUCCAUGUGAAUGACAUCAACUUUGAGAACAUGAGCAAUGAUGAUGCAGUAAGAGUACUGAGGGAGAUUGUGCAUAAGCCAGGGUAAGGAGCAGUCUCUCACACACUGAAACCUACAUGCUGAUACGUGCUGAGGAUCACACAUUGCUUCUGGUAUGUUUGUGUGUGUGUUAUAAACUGUGUUUGCUGUGUGUAAUUGUUGAAAGUCCUAUAACUCUGACUGUGGCUAAGUGCUGGGAUCCUAACCCUCGAGGAUGCUUCACACUGCCGAGAAGUGAGUAUAUUAUAUAUGGAUAUAUUUUCCUCUUGGGAAGAUCAAAUGUCACCUCUAAGAUUUGACAUUCUUUCAUUUGCUUUCAUUGGGGAGGAAAUCGAUGUAAAUGUGUUUCAGCAUUACUUAGUCUUCAAGAUAGAUCAUGUUCCACAGAGGCGAUACACCCCUUUCUCUGUGUAGCCGAUCCGUCCCAUAGACCCUGCUGCCUGGGUGUCCCACACUGCAGCAAUGACAGGGGCGUACCCAGUGUACGGUAUGAGUCCUUCUAUGAGCACCAUCCCCUCCACCAGCUCCUCCAUCACAAGCCCCAUCCCUGAGACUGAGCGGUUUGAUGACUUUCAUCUAUCCAUUCACAGCGACAUGGCAACAAUCGCCAAAGUGAUGGCCAAUCCAGAGUCUGGUCUGGAGGUGCGAGACAGGAUGAGGCUCAAGAUCACAAUCCCCUCCGCCUUCAUAGGAUCGAAUGUGGUGGACUGGCUCUAUCAUCACAUGGAGGGCUUCACUGACCGUCGUGAGGCCAGGAAGUACGCCAGCAACCUGCUGGUAUUUUCCACCAUAAUUUGCAAAUAAAUUCAUUAAAAAUCC